GCCGCCCUGGAUGAGACGCCGUGCCACGUGGGCGGCUGCGUGCCCACCUUCUUCCUGUGCGACGGCCUGCGACAGUGCCAGGACGGCUCCGACGAGUGGCACUGCCUCCGGAUCGACAGCGCCACCAGGCAGCUCGAAGUCAGGAACGGGGAGAGCCAGUGGUCGGCCGUGUGCAGCGAGGGCUGGACGACGCAAUGGAGCGACCUCGUCUGCGCCCAGCUCGGCUCCAACGUCUCCGUCAACACGAACCUCCUGCGUGUGGUGGAGCCCCAGGGCCGCCCGCGGGUACGCCUGGCCGCCCAAUGCCUCGCCCCUCGCCCACACGCCCCUCCAGUUCGUGCUCAACAUGGAGUGCCGUUCGUCUGACAAGCUGGUGCAUCUGGAGUGCGAACAUCAUGGUAAUUUCGAUGCGGGGGCCGGAGCGAGCUGAG